UUGAUCGACGGGCUGGACCCGGAGUAUCUGGACGCCUGUCCCGCGCCCAACCUUGCGGCCAUGGCGCAGCGAGGGUUCCGGGUCAACGGCAACGGUAUGACCCCCAGCGUCACCAACGUCAACAACGUUUCGCUGGUGACGGGCAGCUAUCCGGAGACGCACGGCAUCACCUCUAACUAUCUGCUCGACCGGCAGCUCGGCGAAGAGUUCUACAUGGAGUCCGCCGAAUUUCUGCGGGCCGAAACCAUGUUCCAGCGAGCAACAGCCUGUGGCCUGCGUUCCCUGCUCGUAACUGCCAAGGACAAGCUGCGUCGGUUGCUCAGCGACGGGGCCACGGUCAGCAUUUCAUCCGAGGACCCUCCCGGCUGGGUGGUAUCGGGUGUGGGUGAGCCGCCGCCCAUCUACUCUCUGGAGGUCAAUCGCUGGGUGCUUGAUGCCGGGCGGUACGCCAUGUCCCAGGAACCCUUCGACCUCGUCUACCUGACCACCACCGACUACGCCAUGCAUACCUACGCUCCCAACGACCCCGAGUCGGCCCGCCACGUAACGUUGCUGGACGAGGGGCUCGGCGCGGUACUGGAGCAGGCUCCCGGUGCGCGAAUGCUCGUUACCGCCGACCACGGCAUGUCCGACAAGACUCGAAUGCUGCACCUGCCCGCGGAACUGGGCCGCUACGGUAUCAGCGCAAGGGCCAUUCCCGUGAUCAAAGACCGCUACGUCGUUCAUCACUCCAAUCUUGGCGGCAGCAUCUACGUUCACCUGGACGAAUCGUCCGAUCUCAACGCCGCCCUGGACACGCUGCGAAACCUCGACGGCGUGGAGGACGCAGUAUCCGGAGAGGAAGCGGCGGCGCGGUUUCAUCUAAUGCAGGAGCGUGUCGGCGACAUCUUCGUUCUUGCCGACCCCAGCACCGUAUUCGGAGACCCGUCCGAGGUGGCAAUGCCUGCCGGACUCCGCUCCCACGGCUCGGCCCAUGAGACCACCGUGCCGAUAUUCGGCUGUGGCCCCGGCCUGGACACGAGCACUGCCGCCCGUUUCCGGCAGAACCUGGAUGUAGGCCGCUACGUUUUCGAGGAUGUGCUCCCGCCGCGUCCCGACGGACUGCUUUCAUGA